CGGAGCACAUCCUGCGGGUCCGGAGCUUGGAGAGGGCGCGGAGCACCAAGCGCAGAGACUCCCAUCCCGGCGAGUCCGGUCCUGCGCCCGGCACGCGGCGCUCCUGAAACCCGUGGCCGCGGCAGAGCUGAGCCGGGAGCGCAAUGUGGCACCGAACGUGGGCUCGCACUGCGGCCGGGAUGAGACCCCUCUCUGCUGCCGGGAACGCCAAGAUGUCGGGACCGCAAGCCUGCACUGUUCUGAGAGGAAGAUGACUUGAGUGACUGGCUUUUACCUCCACAACAAUGUCCAUGAACAGUUCCAAACAGCCAGUGUCUCCUGCAGCUGGGCUCCUUUCGAAUACAACUUGCCAAACUGAAAACCGGCUUUCAGUAUGUUUUUCAAUAAUCUUUAUGACAGUGGGAAUCGUAUCAAACAGUCUUGCCAUUGCUAUUCUUGUGAAGGCAUAUCAGAGAUUUAGACAGAAAUCCAAGGCAUCGUUUCUGCUUUUGGCUAGUGGUCUAGUAAUCACUGACUUCUUUGGCCACCUCGUCAAUGGAACUAUAGCAGUAUAUGUCUAUGCUUCUGAUAAAGACUGGAUCCGUUUUGACCAAUCAAACAUCCUUUGCAGUAUUUUCGGUAUUUGCAUGGUAUUCUCUGGUCUAUGCCCACUUUUACUUGGCAGUGUAAUGGCCAUUGAGCGUUGCAUUGGAGUUACCAAACCAAUCUUUCAUUCUACAAAAAUAACAUCUAAACAUGUAAAAAUGGUGUUGAGUGGCGUGUGCUUAUUUGCUAUUUUCAUAGCUCUGCUUCCCAUCCUUGGGCAUCAAGACUAUAAAAUCCAAGCAUCGAGGACCUGGUGUUUCUACGAAACUGAGCAUAUCAAAGACUGGGAAGAUAGAUUUUAUCUUCUACUUUUUUCCUUUCUGGGGCUCUUAGCCCUUGCUGUCUCAUUUUUGUGCAAUGCUGUCACAGGAAUUACACUCUUAAGAGUUAAAUUUAAAAGUCAACAGCACAGACAAGGCAGGUCUCAUCAUUUGGAAAUGGUCAUCCAGCUCCUGGCUAUAAUGUGUGUUUCCUGCAUUUGCUGGAGUCCGUUUCUGGUGACAAUGGCCAACAUUGGAAUAAAUGGGAAUCAUUCUCUGGAGACCUGUGAAACAACACUUUUUGCUCUCCGAAUGGCCACAUGGAAUCAAAUCCUAGAUCCCUGGGUAUACAUUCUUCUACGGAAGGCUGUCCUUAAGAAUCUCUUUAAACUCGCCAGGCGCUGCUGUGGAAUACAUGUCAUCAGCUUACAUGCUUGGGAGCUUAGCUCCAUAAAAAAAUCCUUAAAGGUUGCUGCUAUUUCAGAGUCAUCAAUUGAAGAGAAAGUAACUCAGAAAGCAGGUAGUCUAAAUGGACAAUAAUUUGGCAUAAAUAUAGGUCAAAACUAAGAAAAGUUUUGCCAAGAUUUAGUUAACUGGAUGAAUAUAAGCUUAACUGGAAAAUUCAGAUAUCAGCAGUCAUAUGUUGUCAGUUUCAGCUUUUAAAAUUUGUUCAGCUAACUAUCUAAUUAAUUGCACAUAUUCAUUUGUUUUUGUCAACUGGAGAUAAAUACAAUGAAAUAAUGCCAGGGAAAUCAAACUGAAAACAAUUUUCACCUUACCUGUGUUAUCCAUGCUUUUGGAAUGACUCUGUUGAAGCCUGAAAUAAUUACUUGGCAUAUUUGCCAAAGAACAUCUAAAAACGACCUGCACAGUGAAAUGGCUAUUUUGGGGUCACUAUUCUUUAGCUUUUCCUGAGACUAAACUUAAUAGAAAGGAGUACCCUCAUGUUCUCAUCUGAUCUCUUUCUCUGUAUUAUCUUGUCUUAUUCAAUAUAUGCAUGAUGAUGUUACAUAGGAUUCAUUAUGACUGAUUAUAAUAACUUUCGCACAUAGCAGGUUUGACUGUCAGGUGUCAGUUCUGUUAAGCCUGUUUAGAAUGAGUCCAUCCUUGUCACAUUUGACAAAUAUGAAUGCUUGCAAUUUUUAUCAUGAAGGUCAGUUAUUGUUUGAAGAGGAUAUUUGGGGGGAUUAAGCCAUAGAUUUGCACAGUUUCAAUAAUAACUUUUUUCUGAAAAUUAGUGCACUGAAGAAUAGUAAAUAAUUUUUUAGAGAGAUAUUCUUGGUAGCACUUACAUAAGCAAGGUGCAUUAUACUACAAACAAAAAACUUAAACCAUAGACAGAGGUGCAAAGAGAAUGGAUAGCUAUGCUUUACCUUGAGCCCACCAUUUCCAUGUCAAGAACAAAAGAAAUUAUAUAUAUGUAUAUAUCUAUGUUUAGGCAUGUGUACAACCAUUUAUAUGUAUAUAUACAUACAUAUAUACAUAUAUAUACACACACAUUGAAUGUUAAAACACCCUGAAACUAAUGUGUUUGUGUGUUCCAACAUGCACAGACACACAGGAAUCAGAUAUUUCUGUGCGUAUUAUCAUAGUAGGUUCAUGAAAUUUUUAAGAUGGCAUCUUCUACAAUUAGUCAUGGUAUUUGGGAGAAUCUUCAUAAUAGUUAACCAGAGACAUAAAAGGAUUUAAAAAAAAUCUCCAGAUUUCACAGUAAUGCUUUAGACUUUUACUCUACAUGAUUAUAUAAAUCAAACGAAAGUAUUUUAAUUAUCUUCUAAGUAUCCUGGGUCUAUCAUUAUCAGGGAGUUUUGCUGUAUAACAGGAGAAUUUAUUUCUGCAACAGAGGUCUUUAUUUUUAUUAACUGGAGUUCAUUUUUUAAAUUUAUCUCACUGGGGGUUUGAACAAUAGUACAGUGGAUAGGGUGCUUGGCUUGUACACAGUCAACCCAGUUCGAUCCCCAGCAUCCUAUAUGAUUCCCUGAGCACCACCAGGAGUAAUUCUUGAGUGAAGAGACAAGAGUAACCCCUGAAACAAAAUAAAUUAAAAAUUAAGUUAUUAAGUGGCCUUGAAACAAAAUAAAUUAAAAAUUAAGUUAUUCAUAAAGCGUUUCAUUCAAAUAAAUUUGUAUUUUGUUCACAAAGGAUUUGGUUUUGACAGAUAUUUUACAUUGGAAAAAAGUUGUUAACUUUCAUGAAUUUUGAAACAUUAUUGGACAAAUUAAAAUGAAUUAGUUUCAAUAAAUACUUAAAGGCAAACAUUCCCACUAGCACUUUAGAAGGAAAACACACUGGCAUACAAUAUUCAUAAUUUAAGAACAGAGAAUUAUACUCACAUAAAUUUAUUUUUCUGAUAUAGAAAUGCUUGAUAAACACUUGCCAAACUAAAUUACAACAGACAAGAUUUUAUUAAUUCAGAACUAGCAUGGUAUUGCAAGUUUUUUUAAAUUUUUAAAUUUAAACCAAGAAAUACAUAUUGGUAUACACAUUUCUGUAUAUUUAAAAGAAAAGGCAGUCUACCUUGUGUUUACUGUUAUAUAUAUGUUCUCAUGUAUUUUAAAAGCACUUAAACCUCAGAAGAAUGUAUAUAGUUGUUCUUCUAAGUUCUAACUCAGCAAAGCUUAGAUAUACUUACUUACAUAACGAAUUUGUUGAUGUUCUAUGGGCUGAGGCAGGAACAAGGAGUAGAAACCAAAGCCUUUGUUUUUGUGCAGGAUAAGGUACUGCAGUGAACACUUCCAUGCUUAGUGACUGGGGAACAUUGUAGAGGUCAAGUUCUCAUCUGAGCUCCAAAUUCCUUCUAAUGGAUGCUUUUAAUUAUAUGGCAGAUUUGCUCUACUGUAUUUGCCAUCAAGGUCCUGUGUCUUCAUUGAGGAGUUAAUGUGGCAUUGAUCAGAAAUUAUGAAUCUAUGUAUUCUGGAAGAGGUUUCUGAAUUAUCUAUUUGAUCAUAGGUUUAGAGUAACUAAGUCUAAGUGAAUUUUUUGAUAUUGCUAAAUCAAAGAGGUAGGCACCAAGGACUGAAAAUAAUUAAUCAAUAUAUGCACAUAGAUAGUUUUAUGCCUUCAAUCAAAGGUAAAUAAGCAAAGUUGACACAACAAUGUUCAUACCUAACUUCAGAAUUGUGUUAUUAUAUGUUUUAGUGUAGUUUUGAGGCUUAUUGUAUAAAUUAAUUAUAAGUGAAAAAUCCACAAAUAACAUUCAUUCAAAGUGGAAGUAUAUUUCUUAAGAUUUAUGGAAAGUGAAGUAAUACAAAUAGUUUUGAACAAGUUUACCAAUUUUGAAGUUUUAAGCUCUAUUUUGAAAUUUAUGAUUAUCAAAAAGUUACUGAAUUUUCCUUCUCUUUAGAUAAAAUAUUAUUCAAGUGUUACGUGAGGAUAAAAUAUAUGAGUACUUAUGUUUUUAUUUUAUGCAAAUAAUUUGAAAAGCCCAAUUAUUUUCUGAUGUUAGUAAAUUAAGAAAAUGAGACCUAUAAAAAUCCCACUUUAAAAAAAUGAAGAAUACAAAGUCAGUAUGUUGAUUCAUAAUUAGCUGUAGUUUUAUUCACAAAUAUCAGAUCUUUUACUGAUGGGUUUAAUUCUGUUAGAAAUGUGUUCAAAAUUUUUUUUCAAUGCAAUAGUACAGCGGGUAAGGCGUUUGCCUUGCACGCAGCCAACAUGGCCUACCGGAGUUCGGUUCCUCCGCCCCCUUGGAGAGCCCCGCAAGCUACCGAGAAGUAUCUCUUCUGCACAGCAAAACCUGGCAAGCUACCUGUGAUGUAUUUGAUAUGCCAAACACAGUAACAAGUCUCACAAUGUUUCUGGGCCCACUCAGCAAAUCAAUGAACAAUAGGAGGACAGUGACAGUGACAGGUACAAAGUCGUUUGUAGUGAUUUAUACUGCUAAAGUGGAAAAUAUUUAGAAAUUAGUGCACACACAGUGCUGUAUCUAUUUUACAUAAUAAAUCAUCUUGUUUGCUCAUUUUCAGACUUCAAAGGAAAAAAGGUUUUAUUUUUGCACUAAUCUGAAUUUCAAACCUAAAUUAGAGCACAUGUUAAAUACAUAGAGUGAACUUUCUGUGCCUAGUUUUGCAUAUUUCACGAUGGUUGUUUCAAAUGAAUAAACUAGAAAUACAAAGGAUAAAAAUGUGCAUUUUCUUACUUCUUCAUAUAGGUUUCAGAAUAUUUUACCAGCUGAUGAUGUUGGAUUUCAACUUGCUACUGACAUAUUCCAACAGUACAUAAAUGUUUUGUGUGAAUAAAUGUAUAUUGUGCCCUUCUUGUUGGAUUGUGUGAGAGAUUAGUGAUAUGUAUAUUUUGUUGCCUGCAUCAACAAACAACUCAUGUAAUUUUAGUGCCAGUGUAGGACUUCAAAGAAAUGAUUACUCAAUAAAGUUGUGUUGUGUUUAUUCAGAGUGCUUUUUUGAGAAAAGUUUAAAAAAUAUCUGGUCACUUAAUCC